CAAGGGCAAAACUACAACUCCCAGCGUGCCCCCAAUACUGCGCUCUACCAGGGAAUGCUGGGAGUUGUAGUUUCACCACGGCUACAGGUAGCGCUGACAUAAUGCAAGGCUGUAACAAUUAUUCAGCUGACUACAACUCCCUACUGUCUGGGCAUGCUGGGAGUUGUAGUUUUGCAACAGCUAGAGUCAUCCCAAUAAACUAAAUAGCAUAUUGAUGAUUGGCUGCAGUACUCGGCUCUACCACUAGGUGUCAGUACACUUUUUGCACACAUCUACAGGGACACGUCCUGUACAGUGAGAUCACUGGCUACUACAACUAAAGAAUGUUGUCAACAUUGCUUUAUGGGACUUGUAGUUCUACAGUAUUCUAUCUUUUCCCAGCUGUGUUGUGUUAUAAACAGGUCCAGGGGAAAGGUGCCUUAUUGGAGAAAAGUUUCGUGCUGUCAUCCCUGUCUGUGCUCGCCAUUGGAGCCUAUAGAUGGAAGAGCAGACAUGCUGUAAUAUACGCCAGUAUUAAAGUUGAAGAUGUGAAGGAAGAAGCAGAUUAUCUCUAUGGAGCUGCGGAGACGGAGAAGUUAUACGAGUUGCUGAGCCAGUACGGGGACAGCACUGAUGCUGAAAUCCUCUGGAGACUUGCCCGGGCUUCUAGAGAUCUGGCUCAGCUCAGCAAGACUCCCCCCGACGACAAGAAACGAUUGGUGUACGAAGCCCGAGAAUUUGCCAAAAAAGCCCUGGAAAUAAACGAGUCCUGCUCAGCAGCGCAUAAGUGGUAUGCCAUAUGUCUCAGCGACGUGGGAGAUUAUGAAGGCAUGAAAGUGAAAAUUGGAAACGCUUACAUCAUAAGGGAUCACUUCCAGAGAGCCAUAGAGCUGAAUCCAAACGAUGCCACCACUAUUCAUCUUAUCGGUGUUUGGUGUUACACGUUUGCGGAUUUGCCCUGGUACCAGAACAAAAUAGCUGCGGCCUUAUUUGCAACACCGCCGUCCUCAACAUUUGAUGAGGCUUUAAUAUAUUUUGAGAUGGCUGAAGAAGUCGAUCCAAAUUUUUACAGCAAAAACCUACUUUACCUGGGAAAGACGUUUCUGAAGCUGAAGAACAAUGAGUUAGCCUUACAGUGGCUGCAAAAAGCGAAAGACUAUCCUGUACGAACAGAGGAAGACAAGGCGGUGUAUAAGGAGGCUACUGACAUUCUCAAGUCAUAUGGAGUAAAAGUCUGAUUCUUCCUGCCUAUGAACAGAAAUCACUAACUAUUUCGCUUCUUGUGUAUAUUUUUAUUAUAAUGUUAAAGAAAAUUAAAACUUUAAUUUCGCCAUAAUACCUCAAGUAACACAAUAGCAGUCGGCACAUGCAAGUGUAUCUAGAAUGUUACAGAGCAGAAGGGUAUGUUCACACUGAGGUAUUGGAGCGCAAUUCCGUGGUGUGAACCCCUAACAUAAGGACCUGUUCACACUGCAGAAUUUCAGCGGUGGACAAUUCCGCUGCUGAAAUUGUUACGCACAAAGGAGGAACAUGUCCCUUCUUUGCACAGAAGUCCAUGAGACCUGCAUUGCCGUUAAUGGUGACAGCGCAGGGCCGCACGGUCCCACCGCCAAAGUCAUCUCGUUCACAUACCCUAAUGGGGAUUAGAAAAAAAGGCCAACACUGGAAAUGUAUAUGCCUUAGUUUGAAUUUGGAGUUGACUUCUAUGGGGGUGGCGGGGGGUUCUAGUCAUGUACUGUAACCUGUGCAGGGAGGGGAGCAGUGACAUCGCCUUAUUUAAUCUAUAUAUUGGUGUCCUCUCUCACUGUAAUCCUGUAGGGAUGGUGUCUGAGCUCCCAGGAGGGAUCUAAUAGGUGAUGUAAUCAUUGUAGUUGGCAGGAAUCAGGGGCCACAGGGCAGACCACUUUCUGUGACACAUUAAGCACUGUGGUUUUACGGGGGUCACAUGACUCAGCUACAUUAAUGACAUGUAUGGAUGCAGUGGCAGAUGGUACUACAGAAAUACUGGGGGCGAGUGUGUUAUACAGGCAAGAAAAAAAAAAGUGCUUUUGUAAAGGGGUAUUCUGUGAUUUAUCAAUUUAAAAGGGGUACUCCCCUGCCCCAGAGUCCGGAACGUUUAGUUCAGAACACUGGGUGCGGGGAUUGCGACGUCACACCCCCUCAAUACAAGUCUAUGGGAGGGG